GCUCCGGAACCAAUGAGCAUUGAUCCGCUCUCUUCGCCGUCCCGCCCCCCUGCGCUCCGGUUGCUGAGCAACCAGGCGACCUCGGGAGGCCAGCGUGUGUUUCCUUCGCGCGUCGGGUGCGCGCCUGCUCCCUUGGGGGCGCAGGAGCUUGGGGGCUGCCAUGGCACCCAGCCAUCUAUCAGUGCGGGAGAUGAGGGAAGAUGAGAAACCCCUAGUGCUGGAGAUGCUGAAGGCUGGUGUGAAGGACACAGAGAACCGAGUGGCCCUCCACGCCCUCACGCGGCCUCCAGCCCUGCUCCUCCUGGCGGCUGCCAGCAGCGGCCUGCGCUUCGUCCUGGCCUCCUUUGCUCUGGCCCUGCUCCUGCCUGUGUUCCUGGCUGUGGCGGCCAUGAAGCUGGGUCUGCGGGCCCGGUGGGGCUCGCUGCCCCCACCGGGUGGCCUAGGGGGACCCUGGGUGGCCGUGCGGGGCUCGGGGGAUGUGUGCGGGGUCCUGGCUCUGGCCCCAGGCUCUAGCGCUGGGGAUGGGGCCCGGGUCACCCGCCUCUCUGUCUCUCGCUGGCACCGCCGCCAAGGUGUGGGCAGGCGGUUACUGGCCUUUGCCGAAUCUCGGGCUCGAGCCUGGGCAGGUGGCAUGGGGGAGCCCCGGGCCCGGCUCGUGGUCCCGGUGGCCGUGGCCGCGUGGGGUGUGGCAGGGAUGCUGGAGGGCUGCGGCUACCAGGCCGAGGGGAGCUGGGGCUGCAUGGGCUACACGCUGGUGAGGGAAUUCAGCAAGGACCUGUGACUCCAGACCCCAGAGGGAGGAAGCCAGUGCUUAGAGAGCAGCUGCUGUGCACAGGCGACUUGACACCCUCCCUUUGCCCACUCAGGGCCUAAAAACUGAGGCCGCCAGAAGGCAAGAGACCUCACCGCAGUCUGACGUCUGCCUGUCAUGUUUGAACUUGUCAGAGAGGUCACGCUGUCCAGCCCCUGCUUCGGGUUCUCUCUGCACGGGGAGACCUCCCCGUCUGGCUGCCACGCCUGUGCCACCUGUGCCACGGGCCUGGGGAGAUGUGCGGCGGGAAGAGGGAGGCUAAGCGAGUACGCCCCCCCCAGGGUUAGGACGUGGCGGGGGCACCCCUCAUGGGACAAGGCCCCUGGGGAACUGGAUGGGGUUGAUGCCUGUGCUUGGAGGGGGUGGGGCUGCAGAAGCAGCAGAGAUGGGGUGAGCAGAGCCUUGGCAGAGGAGGGCUGUCUGUCUGGAGAGAGCUCCAGGGGAGGGGGGCAGUGGGCCCAGGGCUGCCCGGCCAGGCCAGCCCUUCCCUGGGAAGGUGAGAGCCGAGCGGGGCAGCCAGACCCAUCUAGUUUUUUACACUCGUUUGUUAAUAAAACCUGAAACUGCUGUGA